AUGUCAGACGUCAAGGUAGAAACAAUCGAUACCAAACCAUUCCAAGAUCAGAAACCAGGUACUUCUGGUUUAAGAAAAAAAGUUACUGUUUUCAAGCAACCUCACUAUACUGAGAACUUUAUUCAAGCAAUCUUGGAUGCCAUUCCAGAGGGAAGUAAAGAUGCAACUUUGGUUAUUGGUGGUGAUGGAAGAUACUAUAAUGAUGUAGUCAUUCAAUUGAUAAUCAAGAUUGCUGCUGCCAACGGGGUCAAGAAAGUUAUCUUGGGUCAAGAUGGGAUCUUGUCGACGCCAGCUACUUCUCAUGUGAUUAGAUUAUUGGGAGCUACUGGUGGAAUUAUCUUGACUGCAAGUCACAACCCAGGUGGUCCAAACAAUGAUUUGGGUAUCAAAUAUAAUUUAGGUAAUGGUGGACCCGCACCUGAAUCGGUGACAAACAAGAUUUUCGAAAUUUCCAAGACAUUGACCAGUUACAAAUUGGCUCAAUUGGAAGACGUUGAUAUUUCCAAGAUUGGCCAAGUUAAAGUCGGACCUAUUGAAGUGGAAGUAAUCGACUCUACUAAGGACUAUGUCGAAAUGUUGAAGGAUAUCUUUGAUUUCCCAUUGAUCAAAUCAUUUUUGGAUAAAGCCACAAAGGAAGAUGGGUUUAAGGUGUUGUUUGAUGCAUUGAAUGGUGUUACUGGUCCAUAUGGAUACAAGAUUUUCGUUGAAGAAUUGGGUUUGUCUGAAUCAUCAAUUCAAAAUUAUAAACCGUUGAGUGAUUUUGGUGGCUUGCAUCCGGAUCCAAAUUUAACCUAUGCGCAUACUUUGGUAGAAAGAGUUGACAAGGAAGGUAUAGCUUUCGGUGCUGCUUCAGAUGGUGAUGGUGAUAGAAAUAUGAUUUAUGGUGCUGGUACAUUUGUUUCUCCUGGAGAUUCGGUUGCAAUUAUAUCUGAAUACGCUGAUGCUAUUCCUUAUUUCAAAAAGCAAGGAAUCUACGGCUUGGCCAGAUCAAUGCCCACUUCCGGUGCCAUUGACUUGGUGGCCAAAGAUAAAGGCGUUGAUGUGUAUGAAGUCCCCACUGGAUGGAAAUUUUUCUGUUCUUUAUUUGAUGCAAAGAAGUUGAGUAUUUGUGGAGAAGAGAGUUUUGGUACUGGAUCAAACCAUAUUAGAGAAAAAGACGGAUUAUGGGCCAUUGUCGCUUGGUUAAACUUGUUGGCUGAUUAUCAUAAAUCAAACCCAGGUAAACCAACAUCAAUUGAAAUUGUGCAAAACUCCUUUUGGGAUAAAUACGGAAGAACAUUCUUUACUAGAUAUGAUUAUGAAAAUGUUUCUAGUGAAGGAGCCAACAAAUUGAUUGACUUGUUACAAACCAUUGUUGAUGAACAUAAACCCGGUGAUGAAUUAGCACCAGGAUAUAUCAUCAAACAAGCUGAGAAUUUCUCCUACACUGAUUUGGAUGGAUCAGUAUCUUCCAAACAAGGAUUGUUUAUCAAAUUCACCAAUGGGUUGAGGUUUAUUGUCAGAUUGUCAGGAACAGGGUCAUCCGGAGCCACGGUGCGUUUGUAUUUGGAAAAACAUUGCAAUGAUUCAUCAACUUAUCAAUCAAAAGUUGAUGAGUAUUUGGCUAAAGAUGUUGAAUUCGUUUUGCAAUUGUUGAAGUUUAAGCAGUUUUUGGGUAAAGAAGAACCAGAUGUGCGUACUUGA